CUUGAAUAUUGAGUGAUGUGGAUGUAGGGCAGGAGGACCCCUCGCAGGUUUUUGCACUAGCAAGCAUAUGGGUCCUGAUUCUCAGUAUUGGAGGUUCAGUAUUGCUAGCGCCCGUAAUAUACACUAUGGGUCAAGCUUGUCGAGAUGCGUUCAUUGCAGAAAUGCCCUUCACCAGUCAAGCAUCAUCACUGCAGUUUCUUACAAUUCUUAAUGGCAUACUUUACAUGGUGUUAGGAUCCAUCAUAGGGUAUCCCAUUGCCUCAGCAUCUGCUCGAGCGCUUCGAGGGCUAUGGCAAAAUGACUUGGUUGCACUUAGAGGGGCAUGUCCAAAUUGUGGUGAUGAGGUGUUCGCAUUUGUGAGAUUUAAGUCAAAUCAUUCUUCUCAUAGAACAGAGUGUCAUGUAUGUGACAGCAUGCUAGAAUUUCGCACCAAGGUUGAGUCCAUCUCAAUACCUGGACAGAGAUGGGUUUAUGGCCGUGUUUACUUGAUUCAGAAGCAAGAAAAAAGGCAAAGGUAGUGGAUUCAGUCUCAACUGAUACCCAUGGGACCAAACAUAUGCUCCUAGGAAUAAUAUGUCAUCUAUUGUCAUCUGUUCCUAGUAAAAGACAUUUGACGGGUUCUCGGGCUUUUUAUACGCUACUCACACGGGCAACACCGCGGACCUCGGAAGUGUGGGCCCUUGCGGUUACUACCCGCAUUGGUUGUAUUGACCUUGCAAGCAGCAGCGCAGUUCAGGUAUCCAAAGUGUCCUUUUGCUAUGCAAUUCUGAAUGGUCAGCAAGUUUUAUUCGAAAAAUUGAAUUAUGGGAAAAAAAAUUACCUCGUUUGCUUUUGUAAAAUCUGAAAACUGUUCUCUAAUGCUCUGUACUAGUGUUACAUAUUCCCAGCACAAUGUAUUAU